AUGCUAGUCAUACCGGAAAAAAAUAUUGCUGACGAUUUAAUCAGUUCAAUCAACAAAUGGGAGCUCUCAAAUAAAGUUGUAACAGUAGUUUCAGACAACGGAGCAAACAUAAAAAAUGCAAUUACUGAACAAUUACGUUUUCACCACCAUCCCUGCUUAGCGCAUACACUGAAUUUAUCUACAAAAGAAGCCCUAAAUGGUAAUGAUGACCUAAAUAGGCUCAUCAUAAAGUGCAAAAAUUUAGUAGCCCAUUUUAAACAUAGCGGACUUGCUACAGCUACUCUGAAAAAAUGUCAAGAACAAAUGAAUUGCUCUAUACUCAAAGUAAAACAAGCGGUUGACACAAGGUGGAACUCGGUGCUAAUUAUGAUAGAAAGGUUGUUGGAGAUUAAGGAUCCACUGACAAUAGCACUCACGAACCUGCCCUCUGCCCCCGAACCAAUAGAGGCAUCAGAAUGGGUCAUAAUAUCUGACAUUGUACCAAUUCUGAAGCCCCUCGAAUUGUUAACAGUCGAACUUUCGGGUGAACAAUAUUUAACAAUGUCCUCGGUGAUUCCACUGAUUCGAGGAUUACAAUUUCAUUUGCGAAAUAUUCAACCUGCAACAGAUAUUGGUUUGUGGCUGCAGAGUAAACUAUUAGAUGUGAUUUCGAGACGUUUUAGCAUUUUAGAAUCAAAUAAAAUUAUAGCAAAAAGCACUUUUCUCGAUCCACGGUUCAAAAAAACAGCUUUUGGAUUGGAAGAGAAUGCCAGAAAUGUCCAGGCAUGGAUUACAGAUGAGGUUGCAAGCAUGAUUGCAACUAAAACGGAAAAUGCGACCCAACUCAACCUAACACAAGCAGGAAAUGAUAGAGCUCCCUUGCAAAAACAGGGAAAUUUAUCACUACGGGCCCAUUUUGAGAGUAAACUCGCAGAAGUUGCGAUACAGUCAAAAACUAAACCAAGCAUAAUGGCCACUCUGUGUGUAAGACACUAUUUAGAAUUGCCUCACAUCGAAAGGAGCGCAGAUCCACUGUUAUUUUGGGAAGAGCACAAGCAUAUGAUGCCAGAACUAUAUGAGCUCCAUAAAAAAUACUUGUGUGUACCAGCUAGUUCGGUUCCAAGUGAAAGAGUUUUUUCAAAAUCGGGCCAAAUUACCAAUGACAGGAGAAGUAGAUUGUCACCAGACAAUUUAGAUAUGAUUCUAUUCCUUAAUUCAGUUCUUUGA